UACUACGUCAACGGCCCUCCUCACAUGGGGAGUGCAUAUCCCACCAUUGCCGCAGAUAUUCUUGCUGACUACUACAGGAUGACGGGAAGACCAGCCGUGUUUGUGACGGGAAGUGAUGAACAUGGCGAGAAGAUUGCAACAACAGCAGCAGGGAAGGGAAUGGAGCCCAAACAAUUCUGCGACGCGAUGGUAGGAGAGUUCAAGCAGCUUUGGGACAAGCUUGGGAUCAAGUACGACAGCUUCAUUCGAACGACUGACGAAAAACAUGAGGCCAUUGUUCGUGAAUUCUUCCAGCGGGUGUGGGACAAUGGAGAUAUCUACAAGAAGGACUACACCGGCCGCUACUGUGUGGGAUGCGAAGCCUAUCUAGGAGAAGACGAGAUGGAAACGAUUGAUGAUGUGGAACAUUGUUGCAAGAUUCAUCGGAAACCUGCGGAGCUCAGGAGAGAAGAGAAUUAUUUCUUCCGGCUGUCGAAAUAUCAGGAGAAGCUUGAGGAAUUGUUUCGCGAUCGUCCGGACUUUGUUCAGCCUGAGUAUCGUUUCAACGAAGUGAAAAACUGGAUCAAAGAAGCAGGCAUCCCUGACUUCUCCAUUUCUCGGAGCUCCAUUACUUGGGGUAUCCCCGUCAUCUACGUCUGGUUUGACGCUCUUCUCGGAUAUAUCUCUGCUCUCCUCCAGCAGGGAGACGAGCCCACUCUCGCAAACGCCAUGAAGCGAGGUUGGCCGUGCGACGUUCACAUCAUCGGCAAAGACAUUCUCAGGUUUCACGCGGUUUACUGGCCAGCCAUGCUCAUGUCGGCAGGAGUGCCGCUGCCUCGCUACAUCCACAGCCAUGGCUUCCUUACCAAGGAUGGGCUAAAGAUGGGAAAAUCGCUUGGCAAUGUGCUGGAGCCGACGGAACUGGUGGAAAAGCAUGGUAGCGAUGCAGUUCGGUAUUACUUCAGUAAGGGGCUUGACUUCGGCUCUGACGGAGAUUUUAACGAGGAACGAUUUGCUUCCCUUCUCAACAACGACCUUGCAAAUGACCUUGGAAACCUGUUGAACCGAUGCCUCAGCCCUCUCCGCAAGCAUGCCGGCGACUCGUUCCCUGAGCUCAAGACGCCGCAAGAUCACAUUCUGAGGAGCAACGCCAUGACACUGACGGAGAGGUGCUCAUCCUCCUACGAGAGUCUAGACUUCCGAUCUGCCGGUGAGGCCGCGCUCGAGCUAGCAAGGAUCGGCAACAAAUACAUGGACGACAGCGCGCCAUGGACGCUCUUCAAAGAGGGAAAGAAGGAGGAAGGCUUUCUCGUCCUUAUGUCAAUCUUGGAGUCUGUCAGGAUUGCUGCUGUCAUGCUCAAGCCCAUGAUCCCAGACCUCUCCCUCAAGAUCUAUCUUCAGCUCGGGUUCUCCCAAGAGGCAUGGAAGGCUAUCAGCUGGAAAGAUACUGAGUGGCAGGACCUCCCUGCAGGACAGAAGCUUCCCGAUCCUCGUCCAGUCUUCAGCAAAAUCGAGAUUGAAGAAUCAGCUCAGGCUGCUCCCACUGACAACAAGGAAGAGAAGAAGAAGCAACAACAGAAGCAACAACAGCAGCAACAGCAGCAGCAACAACAACAGGAUCUUGCUGACUUUCUCCGCCUCGAUCUUCGCGUUGGAAAGAUUCUGACAGCCGAGAAACAUCCUGACGCCGAUUCCCUUCUCGUCGAGCAGAUCGAUGUUGGGGAGGAGACUCCUCGUCAGAUUGUCAGUGGGCUGGCGAAGUUUUACAGUCCGGAGCAGCUGGUGGGUAGGAAGGUUGUUGUCCUCUGCAAUCUCAAGCCAGCUAAGAUGAGGGGUGUGGAGUCGCAAGGCAUGGUACUUGCUGCGGGCACUGACAACGUCGAGCUCUUGUCUCCACCUGAGGAGUCAGCAGUGGGGGAUCGAGUCAAGGAGGAGGGCGGAGAGGACCCGAUGCCAGACCCGCUGCUCAAGUCAAAGUCUCAGGCCAAAGUUUGGGAUCGAGUCGUGGAGGAGCUCAAGACCGACUCGGAAUGCCGAGCGACUUACAAGGACAAGCGGCUCGUUACCUCGCAGGGCGCUU